CUUCUUCCUCUCUCCCGUCGACCUUACCCAUCCUCUUCUCCAACCUUCCCCCACUUCCUUUCUUCUCUUAUCUGCUAGAUCUGAAGCCGUUGCGCUCUUUUUGAUCUACCUCUUUUCCACCAUGUUCCGCUCCGCCAUUGUUCGCUCCUUGCGGGCUUCCGCCCCCCGUGUCGCUGUCAAGACCCCGGCUCCCUUCCAGAUCCGCAGCUCCCCCAUUGCUGUGCGCGCCUCCCAAUUCACUCCCUGCUUCAUCAACCAGGGUGUUCGCUGCUACUCCGCCCCUGCCGGUCUGAACAAGAGCGAGGUUGAGGGCCGGAUAGUCAACCUGCUUAAGAACUUCGACAAGGUUUCCGACGUCAACAAGAUCAACGGUGUUUCCCACUUCUCCAACGACCUCGGUCUGGACAGCUUGGAUACCGUCGAGGUUGUCAUGGCCAUUGAGGAGGAGUUCAGCAUUGAGAUCCCCGACAAGGAGGCCGACCAGAUCCACAGCGUUGAGAAGGCUGUCGAGUACAUCCUGGCUCAGCCCGAUGCCCACUAAAUACUUUAAUUGAAAAUUUCUGGGACCGGUGUGUUUGAAAGGUCGGAUAGAAAAGGAUAGGGAUAUUGGCGUCCGUUGGGGCUUUGUGCGAGGAUAUAUCUCGAUGACUCCUGACGCUGCUUUGUAUUCUGAAUUCCAUAUC